AAGUGAGUACUAGAAGUUGCUUAAUAAAUAUGCGAGUCCGUAAUUAGACGCCAACUGCCUCUAUUUUCGAAUUUUGACACGACACGACAUACAAGCCUCUUUUGCGGAUGCGUGCUGACUGUAUUUUGGGACUAUACCAAUAAAGAGAUAGAAAAAUUGUAUGUUGUUUGCAUCAGGGGCAUACAGGUCGUAUAAGAGGCAAGGAUUCAUAAUGAAGUCUGUUAUUGUUGCAGUUGCAACAUUACUGAUUAUGCUAGCAGCAUUCCAUGUACGCCAAGCACAGGGAGAAAUAAAACCAAGAGAGAAAGGAAAAGUAAAGAAAGGUCCAAAAGUCACUAGACAUAUAUUUUUUGAUAUUGAGAUCGGAGGUAAAAAGACUGGUCGCAUUGUUAUUGGACUUUUUGGGAAAACUGUUCCAAAGACUGUUGAAAAUUUUGCCACCUUGGCACUUGGAACGAAAGGAUUUGGUUACAAGAAUAGUAAAUUCCAUCGAGUUAUCAAAGAUUUCAUGAUCCAGGGUGGUGAUUUCACCAGAGGAGAUGGCACUGGUGGUAAAAGCAUCUACGGUGAUAAAUUUAAAGAUGAGAACUUCAAACUCAAGCAUCACGCUCCAGGUUAUGUAUCCAUGGCGAACGCUGGUAAAGAUACGAAUGGUUCACAAUUUUUCAUCACAACAGUGAAAACAAGUUGGUUGGAUGGCAAACAUGUCGUGUUUGGGCGUGUUGUAGAAGGAAUGGAUGUUGUUCGAACGGUUGAAAACACAAAUGUUGAUGGUAGCACUCCUAAAGAAGACGUUGUAAUUGCGGAUUGUGGAGAACUGCCACUAGAAAGACCUUAUAAUACCGAUAAAGAAUAAGCCUGUAUGUUCUUCAGCAUUUUCACCUACAUACGAUACUCCUAAGUAACUUUUAGAAAUCGUUAACUAAGUCUUGCUUGCAAAACUUCACGAGGAAUACAAGAGUCCCUCUAAUCGGAGCAUAUAUUUUAGUUUAUCACGAUCGAUGUUGAUACUGCGUUAAAAAAAUUCAAGCGGAGAUGGUAAUAUUUUUUUUCGAGUCAGUGGCUAAUUUUUUUAUUUAGAAAAUAUUAAAUUAUCAUGUAAUUGUAUUCAAUAACAUUUUUUACAAAGACAUUCAAUCUCUUUCACAAAA